AUGUCGUUGCGCCUCGGCUUCCAGAGCCUUGAGCCGGCGCUCGCCGCGGCGGCCGAGGCGCUGUUCGGCACCCGCUCCCCGCCGCGCGCCGUCCUACGCCGCGCGCGCGCGCUGCACGCGCUCCUCGUGGUCUCGUCCCUGCCGUCCGCGCCCCGCCCGCCCACCUUCCUCGCUAACCAGCUGCUCGCCCUCUACUGCCGCCUCUCCGCGGUCCCCGACGCCCUCGCCCUCCUCCGCUCCACGCCGUGCGCCUCCGUGGUCUCCUACAACACCGUCCUCUCCGCGCUCUCGCGCACCCCGAGGCACGCGCCGGACGCCUUCGGGCUCUUCCGCGGCCUGCACGCGUCGGGUCUCCGCCCCACCGCUCCAAGCCUCUGCGCCGUCCUCCACGCCGCUGCCGCGCUGCGCGAUGGCCGCGCGGGUGCCGCCGCGCACGCGCAGGCUGCGGCGCUCGGCUUCCUCGCCAGCGACAUUGUGCCGACCGCGCUGCUCCAGAUGUAUUCCGGGUGCGGGUCGCCGAGGGACGCUAACCAGGUGUUCGACGAAAUGAUGACGCCGGAUGUGGUGGCGUGGAACUGUGUGAUGCACUGCAAUGUACGGUAUGGUUACCUUGACCGCGCCCUGGGGAAGUUCUGCCGGAUGGUGAGCACUGGGCUGGCGCCUACAGAGGGCACCCUUUCUUCGGUGCUGAGUGGGUGCGGGCGCUCUGGGGACUUGCACCAUGGGUGCGCGCUACAUGGAUGGGUGGUGAAAUCAGAGGAGCUUGAUCCUGAUUUGCCGCUGCAGAAUGCGCUGCUUGAUAUGUACUGCUGCUGUUGUGAUCUGGGCACUGCAGUGCGUGUGUUUCAGAGGAUCGAGACACCAGACUUGGUGUCAUGGAAUACCAUAAUUGCUGGAUUUUCUGGUGUUGGGGAUGGAUGGAGCGCAAUGCAGGCCUUUGUGCAGCUGAAGGCUGUGUCCUCUGAAUGGCUGGCUCCAGAUGAGUAUACAUUUGCAGCUGUGGUGGCUGCAGCUGCUCCUUUACCAGCAAUGUGUAGUGGCAAACCACUUCAUGCUGGUGUGAUCAAAGUUGGGUUGGAGGGCAGUGUCUUUGUUGCGAAUACACUGCUCAAUAUGUAUUUCACAAAUGAGGAUCCAGGCUCUGCUCAGAUUUUGUUUGAUUCCGUUAUGGUGAAAGAUGUUAUCAUGUGGACUGAGAUGGUUGCUGGCCAUUCUGCACUAGGUGAAGGAGAACUGUCAUUGAAAUAUUUUAUUGGCAUGCUGCAGGUAGGGCACAAGGUUGAUAACUUCUCUCUUAGCAGUGCUUUGAAUUCCACGGCAGAUCUUGCAGGCCUUAAGCAAGGGGAAAUGCUCCAUGCUCAAGUGGUAAAAAGUGGUUAUGAAGGAAAUAUUUGUGUCUCUGGUAGCCUUGUUGACAUGUAUGCGAAAAAUGGUACUCUUCGAGGUGUCUAUUCAGUUUUCUGCACCAUACAGAAGCCAGAUUUGAAGUGCUGGAAUUCUAUGAUAGGAGGAUAUGGCAAUCAUGGGGAUUCUGAAAUGGCGUUCAAACUAUUUGGUGACAUGAUUCGUAGUGGUCUGCAACCUGACCAUGUAACUUAUAUCUCCCUCCUUUCUGCUUGUAGCCAUUGUGUGCUGGUUGAGAAAGGAAAGCUUUAUUGGUUCUGUAUGAUAAAUGAUGGCAUUGUACCAGGGUUCAAACACUACACUAGCAUGGUGAGUUUGUUGAGUAGGGCAGGUUUAUUGGAGGAAGCAGUUGAUUUAAUUAAUAAAUCUCCUUCUGCCAAGAGAUAUCCUGAGCUAUGGAGAAUUCUGCUAAGUUCUUGCGUGACAUUUAAAGAUCUGUCAAUUGGUGUUCUUGCUGCUGAACAGGCACUGGAGCAGGAUCCAGAUGAUCUCUUAACACAUAUACUUCUUUCAAACCUUUAUGCAUCUAUAGGAAAAUGGGAUAGUGUGUCUGAAAUUAGGAGAAGGAUCAGAGGGCUGAUGAUUGAAAAGGAGCCCGGGCUUAGCUGGAUCGAGAUUAAGAAAAUGGUACAUGUGUUUUCUGCAGACAAUGAAUGCCACACUCACAUAGAUGAUUGUCGUGAUGAGUUACAUAGAAUAAUGGGAAACAUGGGACUGUUGGAUAGUUGUGAAAAUGAAGUAGUGUUAAAUGGCUAG